GACUGUUCAGUUCACUAGGGUUCACAAUUUUUUACGUUGACCAAAUUUCCUACACUGCUCAGCCUCAGCGCCUCUCAGCGCUUGUCUCGUUCAUAAUCAUAAUCAUUUCUCAUUUUUCAAUUUUCAUUGGCCGCCGCGGUCGUGUAAAAAUUUCAAUCAUUCAAUUUCAAUGAUAGUUCGAAACCUAUAUACCUACACGUAAUGAUGAUCUUUCUUUGAUUUUCUAUUUUUCAACUGUGUUACAUCGAUGAAAGAUUACUGAAGAAAACAAACACGUACGUCGUUAUGUCAUCGAAUACUGAAAACAAAAUCCGAAAAACUUUGCUGACUCCUUGUCGACACGUUGGAUUAAAAAGGAAAUCAGUGGGAAAUACUCCAAAUACUUCGUUUGAUCUGACUAAUUCUCCGUCACCUUUACCGCAUGUGCCGAAUACUAUAGUCAACAGUUCUUUAACUGAUUCCGGUACCAUUACCGUAACUCCAACUCGACAUGGAAUUGAAAAAUCUGGUUCCCGUUCUCGGCCAGGAAAAAAAUUGAAAGUAUUGACGCAUCUAGUUAAUGAUCCACAGACUCCUUCAACUUCAGAAACGAUCGAAGAAGUUUCUAAAGUUCCCGACUACGAAGAAGAUGAAGGAAAUGAUACUGAUUCGCAAAUUGAAAGAAUUGAAAAAAGGAUAUCCGAGAAGAAAUCUGAGAUUGAGAAACUUGAGAUGAAUUCUAAAAACGUCAAGCAGCAUAACCUGAUCACUCUCAAUUCCUUGAUAAUCAAAUGGAGGCGAGCUUGUCAAACAGCUCUCAAAGAUCUUUCGCAUGAAUAUCAAAAUCUAGAUAAACAACUUACAAUGUCGAUUCUACUGAAGCAGCUUGGUAUACCGUACGAAUUGGUUCGAUAUUCGGAAACUGAACUGGAUUUUCAAGAUUGAAUUGAUCGGAGAAAGAGGAUGGAUUCGUAUUGAAUGGAUACGCGCGCUUAAUACGAGUAACACGAAAGCUUAAAAUGUUGAUAUAGCGAAGUCUGUUUUUAUCAGUUUGUUUUAACGUAAUAAAACGCAUAUGUCGUGUUACACGGGACAUUUUUACUUUAAAAUUUGUAUUUAAUUAUUAAAACAUUUUAGUUAAUUGUA